AGUAUAGCUCUGAUCAUGACGGACGAAACAACGCCGCUCACUGCAGCAGCGGGUGGCUCUGGAUACGUUGUCCUGCCGCCUGAGCCGACAAGGUUCUAUCAAGGACCCGAUCGCGUUUUUCCCGGUGGUGUUUCCCCGCGUUCACGUCGCAACAAGAUGCGGCAGUUCCAGUGUUGCAUGGGCAUUACUUUUAUUGUCAUUGUAAUUGCCGCCCUGUGCUUGGCCCUGGUCUUCAGCGACUCCCUCGGAGGCUCCGACGGGAGUCCCAGUUUUUUCUUUGUGGUCAAUGGAACCGAUGGGGAACUGUCGCCAAGCCAACCGCUGCCAGACGAGCCGGCGGCUGAUUGGGCCCUUAAACAGGCGGCUCUGGGUCAUCAGGAGGGUGUUCAGGCUGUGAGCGCCGGGAUAAAGGCCCUGGGCGAUCGGGAGAUACUGGAAGAGGGACUUCAACCAAACGAGGUGAAUACACCCGCCUUCCGGCACUAUCGAUCCUUGAGCACUAAUCCGGAGGCAAGGAAACUGGCAAGACGGGGAUAUGUGGAAAACCAGGCCACCAUGGACAUCGCCAAGAGAUUCAAUUACACAAAGCAGCCGGGUCGCAGCAACAUUGGAUGGGGGCCACGCAUUGUCCUGCCCGAUCCGACAGUCCUGCGGCUGGAUUGCGACUUCAACGCUCGUUUCAGGCGAUCCACAGGUGUGUGUAACAACAAACAACACCCAAGGACCUUUGGAGCUUCUAUGGUUCCCUACCGUCGCAUGGUGUCCCCGGACUACGCGGAUGGCAUUGCGUCUCCACGGGAGAGUCACCAUGGCCGCCGCCAGUUGCCACCUGCCCGGCAAGUGUCUCUGAAGAUCCAUCGUUCCAGUUACGAGACUGAUUCAAAUUUCACCGUCAUGCUGGCAGUUUUUGGUCAGUUUAUGGACCACGACAUCACGGCCACGUCUUUGACCACAUCCCAGGAGGGCGAGUCGAUUGAUUGCUGCGUUCCGGAGACCCGGAAACAGCAUCCAGAAUGCUAUCCGGUGGAGAUUCUUCCCGACGAUCCUUACUAUCAGCAGUACAACAUCAGUUGUAUGAAUUUCGUACGUUCUGCUCCUGCGCCCACAGGAAGAUUCGGGCCACGGAUGCAAUUGAACCAGGCGACGGCGUUUUUGGACGCUUCCGUGGUAUACGGCAACUUGGAGCAGCGUCAGAGCCAGCUCCGGAGCUUCAUCAACGGUUCGCUGCGGAUGUACAUCACGGACGAUGGUCGGGAGCUGCUACCCAUCUCCUCGAACCCGGCGGAUGGCUGCAACCGGGUGCAGAUGACCCGACAGGGCAAGUACUGCUUCGAGUCGGGUGAUGAUCGGGCUAACGAGAAUUUGCUCCUCACCUCCAUGCACUUGCUGUGGGCCAGGCACCAUAACUAUCUGGCCCGAGGACUGCAGGAUCAGAACCCCCACUGGGAUGACGAGCGUGUGUACCAGGAGGCCCGUAAGAUACUCGGCGCUCAGAUGGCCCACAUAACUUACAAUGAGUUCUUGCCCGUCUUGCUGGGCCAGAAUCUUAGCGAGGCCAAGGGCCUGCUGCCGGACAAGGAUAAUCUCGAUGCACCCGACACUUAUGACCCGGAGGUGGACCCCAGUAUUGCCAACUGCUUUGCUGCGGCGGCUUUUCGAUUUGCGCAUACUCUACUACCUGGUUUGUUCAAUGUCUCCCGAGACAACAGAAGCCCAGAAGCUGUGGAGCUGCACAAGAUGCUCUUCAAUCCCUUUUCCUUGUGGGCGGAGCAUGGCAUUGACCACGCCCUGAUGACUGCUGCGAAUACGCCCGUGAUGAGGGUAGAUCGCUUUUUUUCAAUAGAGGUUACACAGAAGCUCUUCGAAGGCCCAGCCGAGGACAAGGUUCCCCUGUGCGGCCUAGAUCUGGUGUCCCUGAAUAUACAGAGAGGGCGCGAUCAUGGGAUUCCCUCGUAUCCAGUCUUCCGACGACACUGUCGCCUGCCACCCGUGGACACGUGGGAGCAGAUGGCUCAGGCCGUGGAUAAUGCCACAUUGGUUUCCAUAAGACAGAUAUACGAGUCUCCCCAGGAUGUAGAUGUGUAUACGGGUGCCCUCAGUGAGCCGCCCAUGGAGGGAGCCAUUUUUGGACCGCUUCUUAGCUGCAUGGUAUCCGAUCAGUUCCUGCGAAUCAAACUCGGUGACUCCCAUUGGUAUGAGCGGAAGGUAGGACCUCAGAGAUUUACCAAAGCGCAAUUGGCGGAGAUCUAUAACACCAGCCUGGCAGCCAUCAUAUGCCGAAAUUCGGAUGGAAUAACCAGAGUGCGUCAGCAUGUCAUGCAGCGCCUUCGGGAGGAAGGCAAUCCUCAGAUGGACUGUCAGGACAUAAAAGGAUUUCAUUUUGAUCUAGGACCCUGGUCGGAAGCCAACCAGGAGCCCAAGUUGCACAGAUCGGGAAUGGGCAGGGCCUCCACUUCCGUGCGGGUGAUUUCUAGAAACUCCACCAAGGAACCUAAAACAGCCAAUGUGACACUUCAUAUUGAUUAAUUUAGAGAAAAACCAGAACAAUUUGUUAAAAAAUAAUAAUAAAUAUCAUAGUUAACAAUAAAUAAUUGCCGG